ACGGCAUCAUGGAAGUCCUGGACCCAAGCGUCUCUAGGGAUGAUCAGCCGUUAUGUAUCAACGAUUCUCUGGAACGAGAAUAUCUGGAAGAGCCAAAUUACAUAAUUGAAGGUCUUGCCAUUCUCUUUCAAGAUUAUUCAUAAUUAACACAUCGCAGAUUCCGGCAGAUACUACAUCAUGCAUCAAAGCGCGUCACACACUCGGUUUUCUGGGCUUUCUUGGCUUUGCUCUUGUAUAUGCUAUGAGGGUAAAUUUAUCAGUAGCCAUCGUCUCUAUGGUUAAUCAGACUGCAAUACCACAUGCUGAAGAUAAUGAUACUAGCGACGUUUGUCCUAAAACUAAACCGAUAAACGGGACUUUCAUACCGAGCGCGGGAGAAUUUGCCUGGGAUGAAAAGACUCAAGGUAUCAUAUUAGGUGCAUUCUUUCUUGGCUAUGUAACUACAAAUGUUCCGGGUGGUAGGAUGGCUGAGAAAAUGGGUGGCAAAUUAAUUUAUGGUCUGGGAGUGUUUCUGACUGCUGUUCUAACCGUGAUAAGUCCCUUCGCUGCGUAUUGGGGUUUGGUUCCAUUUUUGGUUGUACGAGUCGCAGAAGGAUUUACCGAGGGGGUAACGUUUCCUGCGAUGCACAGUAUGUUGGCACAUUGGGUACCUCCAUUAGAAAGAAGUAAAUUUGCUGCUCUGGUAUAUGCAGGUGCGAAUUUCGGAACUGUCAUCUCAUUACCAGUGAGUGGUUGGCUAUGUUCCUUAGAAUUAUGGGGUGGUUGGCCCCUUGCAUUUUAUCUGUUCGGUGGUCUUGGUCUCAUGUGGUAUGUGUUCUGGUUGAUAUUCAUAUAUGACACUCCUUCGCAACACACGAACAUUGAUCCUUCUGAAAAAGCGUAUAUUGAAGCUAGCGUCGAGAAAAAAGACGAUAACGAUGAUACGGGAGUACCUUGGUUGUCCGUCUUCACCUCUUUACCUAUAUGGGCCAUUGCUAUUACGCAGUGCGGUCAGUCCUGGGCCUUCUACACUCUUCUGACCGAGCUGCCGACGUAUAUGGAUAAAAUUUUGCAUCUGAACGUACAACAGAACGCAUUUCUUUCGGCGUUACCUUAUUUGAGCGCUUGGCUAGUGGGUCUUUGUAUCUCGAGUUUCGCGGAUGCACUCCUAGCUCGUCGUCUGAUCUCACCUCUGGCCUCGUUCAAACUAUGGAACACGGUGGCUUCGUUGGGACCCAGUCUCAGUUUCGUCGGUGCUAUCUGGGCCGGAUGCGAUCGUAUGACAGUGAUGUUGAUGCUUGCCGGAUUGGGCUCUCUUCAGGGUGCGGUGUAUGCUGGAAAUCAGAUGAAUCACAUCGCAUUAGCACCACGUUAUGCGGGUACCUUGUAUGGAUUAACAAAUGCUGCGGCAAACGCGUGUGGUUUCUUGGCACCAUAUGUUAUCGGCAGUAUAGUAGAGGGACAUGAAACUCUCGCACGUUGGCAUACAGUUUUCUGGAUGGCAGCGGGAAUAAAUAUGGCUACGAAUUGCUUCUAUUUGAUGUUUGCAUCCGCCACUGAACAGCCAUGGAGUAAAGGCAGUUGAUGACAAUGUCGCAUUAGAAAUGCGAUAUUAAGCGUGGAAAAUAAUAUAUUUUUCAAUCACGUUGCACAUAGCACAUUUUAAUUUGUUAUAGUUGUAUCGUAUUUAUCGUUGAACGUGCAAUGACAAAUGAAUCAAAUUUCGGUAUUAUCAACUUUAUUGCAACAUGUGGUACACAAAGGAGAUAGACGUCAUCGACUGGCGUUCACGUCAGAUAAUUGGGAUUGAUUAACAUAUUUUUUCACCUCCCCAUUUUGCUUCAUUUUAUUAAUCCAGUUAUAUCUUGUCUGAAUACAUAAAAAGUUCUGUAAUUCCAUGAAGAAAUUAAGUAAGUAAUAACGCUAAUACUGACAUUACUGACAUAAUACUGACAUUAUAAGAUGUUCUCAGUGCAAAAAUGGUAGAAAAAAUGAUGUACAUAAUAAAUCGAGAACAGAGAGUAAAA